ACAGAAAUAUAUCAUAGAAUUGGAUAUAAAACCAAAACCUCCAGCAAUGUAGGUGUUUCCCGUCAUUUUGUUUUACAUGUCCGCCACUGUCAGGCUAAUCAGUCGCGGACGACCUUUUGACAGACAUUGGUGUCACGACUAUACCACUAGGUACUUAUUCAAGUGUAAUAUCUCCCACUAUGCCGUCGGGUUGUAGAUAAACACACUGGAUCGACACAAUAUGGAGGAUCUGAUCUGCUUCUUUUUCCUGUUUUUCACAGCCAUUAUCCACCAUGGGGAAGCAGCCCUGCCUCUAGUAUCAUUGGAACAGCUUUGUGCACAAGUCGGAGACAUGGAUUGUGAUACAGAAUACGUAAGUCACGGAGACGAACAGACCUGUGGAAUGGACGGAGUUACCUAUGACAACUUCUGUCACUACGCUAAGGCAAGAUGUGCGAACAUUAAUUUGGGUAUAGCUAAUGUUGGAAGUUGUAUUGAGAAUGACCCUCGGAGUACCCUGCCUCCGGACCACACGACUACGCCCGUCCCUGACGUCAUAAUACAGUUUUUCUGUAAGAAUACUGAUAAUAUUGAUUGUACAAUAGAAGAUCUCGAACCCUACUGUGGUACCAAUGGAAUAUUAUACAAAAACAUGUGUGAUUUUGCUAAAGCGAAGUGUAUAAAUCCAACACUGGAUAAUCAGAGCCUUCUAAACUGUCCGGAUGACGGCAGUGCAAUACAUGCAGUAGGGAAGUAAUUGAUAAUGCUUUAUUAAUGUUUCUUGAAAAUAUUCGAUCAUAUUCUGUAG